ACCUAUAUCCCUAUGAGAACAACGAGCCAGGGCAAUGACUGACAUCGCUGACAACACGCCGUGCGCUGCUCUGUCUCUUAUCUUGCAUGACAUUGACUACCUUCGGACCUCCGUCGGAGGAGACUAGACAGUAUGGCGACAGAUGGUGCACCCAAACCCCGCAUUAUCACCGUAGCGUAGCACAUGGCCACACCAAUUGAGCCAAUGAACUAAACGCCCUGGUCAGCUCUAAGCCUGUCAGCAUCCCAUCCCAGGACUCUGCCAAGUGAAACCAAAAACACAUAUACUCGCAGCGUAAACACGAAGCCGCCGCAACAAGACUUCCACCUCUUCCCAAGAAAAUGCACCAAAGCCAACCUCCCCCCUUAAAACCAGAAGCCGCCGCCGCCGCCGCCGCCGACGACGACGACGAGAACAUCUGGACCCCACUGCAACUCGCCGCCGCGCAAGGCGACCUACCCCUCGUGAAGCACCUCCUAACCCAGCAGCAGCAGCCACCACAAAACCCCAACGAACCCCCACGAGGCUACUACGGCCACACCGCGCUGCAAGCGGCCUCGCUUAACGGCCACCUAGCCAUCGUCGAGACCCUGUUAUCCGCCGGCGCCGCCGUCGACCUCCCCGGCGGCAACAACGGCGGACGGACGGCGCUGGUCCUGGCGGCGGGGGCGGGCCACCUCGGCGUCGUGCGUCAUCUGGUCGUCGCGGCAGGCGCGGAGAUCAACCGGCCACCGCACAAGUACAACGGGCGCACGGCGCUGCAGGCCGCCGCGGAGGGGGGCCAUGCCGCGGUGGUGCGGUGGCUGCUGGCGCAGGGGGCGGACGUCAACGCGCGCCCGGCAAUCAACCGCGGCCGCACGGCGCUGCAGGCGGCGGCGAGUGAGGGCCACGACGGCAUCGUAGAGCUGUUACUGCAGCAUCCGUACAGUGCCGAGGUGAACGCCCCCGCGGUCCGGUAUCAGGGGGUCACGGCGCUCCAGGGCGCGGCGUGGGCGGGACACCGCGCGACGGUGCGGCGGCUGUUGGCCGCCGGCGCGGAGGUAAACGCCCCCGGCGGCCAGUACAAGGGCUACACGGCGCUGGCGGCCGCGGCGGAAGGCGGCCAUUUGGAGGUUGUGCGGCUGCUGUUGGAUGCCGGGGCGGAUGUGGCGAUGCGAUCCGGGAAUAAGAUGUGGACGGCCGCGCGGAUGGCGGUCUCGCGAGGCCACGGAGAGAUCGCGCAGCUUUUACGGCAGUCCAUCAAGAACGGCUGA